AUGCAACUCAUGUAUCCCAACACGGUCGUCACCACGGUACCAAACAUGCCGACGAUGGUCUCGUAUCCGCUGCAGUCCAAACUACAGCAGACUUUGAUGUCACCACAGUCUUCCUACGCAGCGGCAGCGGCACCGAGUGGCAGCGCGUCCGGAUUGUUCGACAGGUUCAACUCGGGUAUGGUACAGCCGCCACCAGGCUUGUCGCGUCCCCUCAACUCUGGUAUGGUGCAGCCGCCACCAGGCUUGUCGCGUCCCCUCAACUCGGGUAUGGUGCAGCCGCCGCCGGGCUUGUCGCGUCCCCUCAACUCGGGUAUGGUGCAGCCGCCGCCGGGCUUAUCACGUCCCCUCAACUCGGGUAUGGUGCAGCCGCCGCCAGGCAUGUCCCGUCCUCUCAACACGGUAGCCGAAGUGGAACAUAUGAACGUCGCUCCGUCAACGAUCGUUCGCAACGAGCAACAGCAACAGCCACCGUUGUCGUUCAGCGGAUCCGUCUGGAGAGAUCCGAACAUGAUGCGAGUGAGUAGUCCCCGAAACAAAGUACAACCAUAAACCUGUUCAUCAAGCAUAUUAUUUUCAGGCGAGAAGAAUCGCGGUGAGAUUCUUCGGAAUUGUCGACCUUCGUUAUUUGUUUUUAUAAUAGAGUUUGUCAUUCUCCUUAAAUUAUGCUGUUUUCGGUUCCGUCGUCGGCUUUUUUUUGUUUUCAGUAUCACGAUAGGAAUAAAACUGUAAGAAAUAAAAUUUUUUCCAAAUGAUAUUUCCGGGUUUUGUACAAAGGGCGUAAACCACUAAAAAUCAAAAAAAAAACAUUUUUGGGAUCCAAAAACUCAGAAAAAUUAUGAACAUAAACUGGUAAAAGGGUGUAUUUUAAUACAGAAAAUUAAGUUGGUAAUGUCGAUGGAAAAGAUAUCUAAACGCCCGUGCCCUUCUGAAAUAUAAUCAAAUCAACACAGAUUACUUAAACCCACAUUUAAUGUAUGUAUACUUUUUGUACAAGGUAUUAUUUUGCUGUUUUUUUUUUUUGACUCUUGAAAAAGGGUGUUUUAGUGAUAUAUUCCCUUUGAACAAAACACCUUCGAUACAUUGUGGUUUUUAGAAGACUGUUACGUCACGUCCAAAAUAUUUUUAAGACAGUUUUUUUUUUUUUUAAACCAUUGACAUUUAACAAUAAUAAUUUAUAGUUACAACAAUUAUUUAGACAGGUCCUUAUUUUUGAACUUUCGAAUGCUUGUGUCAGGAUACCACUCCUAUUUUUUUAUUACUAUAAGAAAGUAAUUUAGGUUAAUUUUUAUAAUAAUGACUCGCCCCCUUGUCGUACCGCAAGAGACUUGAAUAUUUAUAAAAGAGAAUAGUUUUAACUGAAAAUAAUAAGCAAUUAUCGCAUGAAUGUAUGAGACUUUAAUUGUCUUAUCAAAUAAUUAAUCUAUUAUUUUCCAAGAAAAAUAAUAAGACUUAAAUGUUUAAUUUAUAUUGCAAAAUUGACAAUUUUUUGGUUAAACAUAUUUGACAAAAAAAUGAAGAUGGGUACGAUAAAUUGUUUUAUACCAAAAGAAACCCUUCUAUAUAAAAAGCGAAUUUCCAAAAAAAAGGUCCUUUUCCAAAAAUUUUGUAUUUAUAUAAAAUCAAGGCCGGAUAAAGAAAUGUUGCGCCCCGAAGCAUAGGUAUGUGCAAAUGUAUCCAUUGACAAACUCAUAAUUUUAAAUUUAACAAUAAUUUUAGCCACUUUUUUCGAAUAUCUAAUUUUAUCCUUUAAUCAAAUAUAGAAUAGUUUAAACCUCCAUAAGAUUCAGAAUUUUUUUUUAUAAACAUGAAAUUGUUUAACUAAAUUUGAUAUUUAUUAAUUUUAUUCUCUAAUGGAAAAUAAGUGAUGAAUUAAUAUAGAGCCCUCUUCCUCCUUAAAAAUUAUUCAACCUAUGCUCUUAUUUAUAUCUAAUCUAAUUAGUAUUUGAAUUACCACACAUUUUAUUAAAAGUCAUACAAAAAAUAAUGAAAUAAUAUGUUAUCAAUAUGUUUAAUAGAACUAUACAAACUAAUAAACAAUACGAAUUUCACAAUAAAAAUGUAAAUAAAUUUAUAAAAAUAACAGUAUUGUAAAUUUUGUUAAUACGAUUAAAAUUGAAGUUAAAUUAAUUAAUUAAAAUUAUUAUAUAAAAUACUGGGUAAAUUACGUAAGUACAUUUUUGUGAAUUAUAAUUGUGAAUUAUUUUUUUUUUAAAUUACUAUCUUUGACUACUGUUUAGCGAAUAAUUAGUCAAUUAUCAAUACAUUCAUCCCAUGAAAUAGAUUCAAGUACGAUAUUUUCAAUAUUAAGAACACCAGAAUAUGAAUUUAAUUUUUUUUUCGAAAAGUAGAUCGAAAAUAGUUGUUGACUCAUUUUAAGGCUAAAAAUGAUCUCUCGCCGAAACAGUUAGCUGUUGGCAGAUUACAGUACAAUCGGAUUGCAAUUCUUUCGAUAUUAUGAAAUAAACUGUCCAACUUUUUUUUUUCUCAUCAUUGUCAAUACAUUUUGUGUAUUUGGUUUAGCUUUGUUCGAUUCAUCUGAUUUUGAGAAAAUAAAAUAAAACUCAAUUAUUGCACUGCUUUUUGAAUUAAAUCUUUGUGUGCAUCAUCGCAAAAAACAAUAUGAUUUUCUAAACAAGCGGCCGAUUCGAACGAAGUGAAUCGUUUCGCUCAUAUUGCAUUUAUCGCGUACAAUGGAUAAUCUAAUCUAGUUUUAUAGGUACGUUUGAAUAAAGGCCGCCAUACACUACGAAAAAAAAAACGACGGUUUUCGUCGUCGCGAUAAAACAAGUCCGUAAAAAUCGAAGUGUAUGGGCAAAACCCGACGAUAAAACAAGACCGUUUUUAUUUCUGUCAAGUGUUGAUUUUAAACACGACGGGUUUAACUGACGAUGUAAACCGUCGUUUUUUUAUCGCAGCGUAUGGAAACCUCAAUAAUCGCCCGCAAUCUGUCGAUGGAAAUGACGUUAUCUACAGUCAUUUAAUCGUUUUAUUGAUAUUAUUGGGUGUACUAUUCGGCAUAAAAUAGACACUGUAACUCGUAGUUGGUAAUAAAAUCGGAUAUGAGUAAAUUUGUGGAAACACGUAAGUGAGUGCGCGCGCAAAGUAGGUACACUGUCCUAAUUCUAAAUCCUAAAAAGGACAUUCUUUAAAAAAUUUGCUCCUUUAAAAUCUUGCGUCUCGAGGCAGAUGCCCUUCCCCCCUCCUAUAAUUCGGCUCUGAAUAAAAUUAAUGAUUUUUUACGCGCGCAUGUCUUUACACAAAUAAUAAUCAUCUACAUUUUCCAUCUGUAAAAGAAGUGUCCUCGGCCCAAACUCUUAUUGUCUUCUUCCACUGACGUGUCCAUUACAUCCAUUAUGACAUACUCAUAAUUUUAGCCACUUUUAUCGAAUAUCUAAUAUCCUUUAUCUAAUAUCUAAUCCUUUAAUCAAAUAUAGAAAAUAAUAUGAUACAUUCCUCGUUUAAACACCAGAAAUAAUUUUAAAAAUAUUAAUAAAGAUGAUUAUGCAAUUGUUUUAUAUUCAAUUUCAACGUUAUCGUAAAAGUUCGAUAAGAUAACUACAGAUAAACUACCUUAAAUAAUUUGGGCAAACCAGGCACCUUAAAUAAUUUCUUAUACGCUUUUUAUAUACUUCUGUACAUAUUUUCUAUUAUUUUUUUUUAUCUUACAUUUUGACCGUUAUUUAGAGUGCCCGCUGCUUAUAUAUACAGAGUGAUUUUUUCACCAUGAACCAACAAUUUUAUCGAGGGGGGGGUUUUAAGUGAAUUUGAUUUCUGUUUUUUUUUUUAAUCAUCAUGGAAUAUUUUAAGCUUUAUUUAAAAAAAAUUAAAAAUGGUUUUGAAGUAAAACUUAAAAAAAUCCAUAAUGAUUGGAAAAAAACAGAUUUCAAUUCAAUUAAAAUUCUUGAAUUUAAAAUCUUGAAAUAAAAUCUUCUGAGAUAAUUGUUGGUUCAUGAUAAAAAAAAUCACCCUAUAGACGUAUUAAUGUAUUUUCCAAUAACACUUAACGGGACCAAACAAAAUAUCCGUUAUAUAAAGGUGAUCGUUAACAGAAGUUUUACUGUACUUUCUUAUAGCAAUGAAAAAAAUAGGGAAAUUCUGAAACGAAAACAAUAAUUUAUUUUUUUUUCUCCUUUAUCCAAUGGCCCAGUCUAACUAAUACGAUAAUAACGAUUCCUGAAAAGUACUGUUUCGAUAUUUUAAUUCUUUAUUUUUACUUAAAAAAAUGACUCACGGAAAAAUCUCUCGUGCCUCGUAAUGUGAACCGAUUUCAUUAAAAUCUUUUUUUUCAAUUGAAAAGUAGAAGAUUUUUUACCGAACGAUUUAGACUCGAUAUUUGAAAAUUAUCUUUCUAAAUACAUUAAUUAGAGUUCGAAUAUAGCCAAUUUUCACAAUUUUAUUUGUUUAACUCAUUUUAAAUUUUGAGUGGAGCGAGGAAUAUAUUAGUUUUACAAUUAUGUUUAUUUUUUUUUUAUGUGAACAAUUUUUUUACCAGAAAGAAUACUCUGAUUAUCAAGUAUAGCAUCUAUUCUGAGGAAAACCUAGUUCUUUAGGUUAAAAAAGAUUGAAAGAUUAAAAAUAAGGUUGUCAUUGACAACCAUUUUUAUUUAUUUUUUGUUAUUAUUUUAAAAUCUUUUUUAAACAAUCAUUGUUGACAUGCAAACGCACAUUGUUGUAAUCAUUUUACCAUAAUAUGACAUAAAUAUUGUUGGCAAAACAACACUAUCAACUGAACUCCGCUCAGAAUCGUUUUUCCGUUAGCAAUGGUUUAUCAUUGCUUACUGACAUACAUUCAAUUUCCGUCUGUGCAGACGUCCCUACCUUCCUAAUUUCCUACCUACAAAAGUGACUGCACCCACGUGCGAAGUCGUGUGAAGUGUCUGUCCUUUUUUUUUUUUAGUUGCAUGAUCAAAAAUCAAAGUCUAGUGGGAAGUUUUACAUUUCCCGGUGGAAAAAUAAGCGAUACGAAGCACGAGAGUUUUUUUUGUAGACGUAGAACAUGUUUUGACUAAAAAAAAACGUUGCCAGUUUCACGCGGCCCCUUAAUAUAAAAAAAAAAAAAAGGACUGAUAGUUAAUUGUACAAUAUGUUGACACGUAGUUUGUGAUUUUGAAAUAAAAUUCCAAAGACACGCGGAUGUUUCCACACAAAUACAGUCCCGUUCAAAUAAUAAUUAUCCGUUCCAUACAUACAUAUAUACGCUGUCUCUUAUGUUUGGCAGGCGAUAUUGCGUUCCGCCAGAUAAAAAAUGAAAAAAUAAACAAAUAAAAUGUCAAAUGAGCGUUAACCAUUCGUUUCUUUCGAUUUCUCGGAUUAUUCGUUUCGUUCCAACCGCCGCCGAACGAACUAGAGAAUUUUCCCUAAACGUCAACGGAAUUACGCAUCGCCGUUGUUCGACAUGCAAAUCUGUCAUUUUAAAUUUAUAUUAAACAAAGAAAAAAAAAAAACAAAAAACCAUCAUUAACUCCGUGUCUUCGCCAGUAGUCACAUGCUUGAUAGUUAUUUUUAUUGUACUUUCUUAUUCGUUUUAUUUGUCUUUUGAAUAUUCAUUUAUUCGUGCGAAAAUUUUUCAUUUAUUUAAUUUAACAUUUACGCGUGUUUUCUUUUGUUUUGUUUUUUUUUUUUUUAUUUUUAGUGAAAUCAGAUCGUACACCCGACGAUGACGUGGAUUAAAUUGUUUUUUUUUUCUUCUAGUCUUUUUUAACAAGCAGUGCAUUUAUUUUUUAUUGAUAAAAUGGAAAUUAAAAUGAAAACGAAACGUUUAUAAAGGGAAAAAAUAAAAAUUGAAACCAUAGAGGGGAAAAAAUCAAUUUGAUUAUAGUAUAUACAAUAUAUUAAUAGCGUUUAUAUAUAAUACAAAGGGAUCAACAUUUUUUUUCCGCGUCUUAAGCAUUUUUAUUAUUUUUUUUUUUUUUGUUUUCAUCACUACGAUUUUGUAAUUUUAUACUAUCGACACAUAUUAUGUAUCGUUAUUAAAUGUCUCGAAAAUUCGCCGACAGGGAAUGCUAAAAUUCCAACGCCGUUACAUUGUUUGUUGGUAAGUUUAAGUAAUUACAUUUUUGUAGCAUGGCAGUUGCCACAAUAGUACUAUAUAUGAUGUGAAUUUUUACGAACUCUUGUUUGUUUAUCUUGUUUUUAGCUAGUAGAAACUUUCCACCAUUAUUCUUAAUUUUUAUUUUUUUCUUCUUUUUAAGAGACGUAACAGCCUUUGUCAACAGCCGUCCAAGUAGUGGUGAACUUCAAAAAUGUAUUGACCUCAGUUAGUCAAUACAUUUUUGAAUAUAUAGCGAGUGUAGUUAAAUCAAAAACCGGGAGCUCGUAAACAACCGAAAAUAAAACAUAAUAGGAACUUUUCGGUAGCGAACUCUGUCUAGUUACAGCAUUGAAGAGGUCAUGUUUUAAUAUUCCUUGUUUUUUACAAUUGAGUUAAAAUUUAGGAAAAAUGUUAUACAAGGUGAUUUUUUUAUCGUGAAUUAUCAAUUUUCUCGGAGGAUUUAAAGUGAUUUUGAUUUCUGUUUUUUUUUUAAUCAUUAUGUAAUUAGUUAAGUUUCAUUUUAAAACCAUUUUUAAUUUGUCACCCCUACUCCAUAUACCUUAAAUAAGUACAUACUUUGGUUUUUCAAAUAGGAACCCGCCUUUUUUAACACAGAUUAGAAAAGACAAUAUUUUUCUUGAUAUUUUGAUAAUAUGCGUAACACAAAUAUCAGAUUUACCGUUUAUGGGUUAUAAUUUAUAAGUUAUAUAACCAUAUUUUAAAGUUUAGACUGAAGGAGUAGGGAAGGGUAAUAAAUUGCAUGAUUUCACUCUAUCCUACUUCUCCAGUUUAAACUUUAAAUGUUUAUAACUUAUAAACUAUCAAUAUACUAGUGGUAUGCAUAUUAAAAUGUCUAGAAAAAUAUUCUCUAUUUAAAUCUAUGUUCAAAAAGGGAGGUUACUAUUUGAAAAACAAAAAUAUAUACUUAUAUAAGAUGUAUGGAGAAGGGGUCAAAAAUUAAAAAUGAUUUUAAAAUAAAGAUUAACUUAUUCCAUAAUAAUAAUAAAAAAAAAAACAGAAGUCAAAUUUACUUAAAAUCCUCUGAGAAAAUUGCUGAUUUAUGAUAAAAGAAAUCACUCUAUAUGUAGAGAGUUGAUACAAAUUGAUGUAUCGGGUUUUAUUUUUUUAUUUUUUUUUUCUAAACGUGUUAUUAACGAUAAACUAUGCAUUUACUGAUGCAGUCAUUAUAUAAUAUUAUCAUCAUAAUAAAUUAUUAUGAUAAUUAUUUUUGAUCAUUAGCGGCAAAUUAUAAAUAAUGAGCAUGUGCAUAGAGGAGUCUGUUCAACGCCCCGUGUCCGAUUUUUGGCUAAUGCUAUAUAUUUUUUUAUUUUUUUUAAUAUUUACCAUAUGAUUGAAAUAUCGCCUGUACACAAACCGUUAUCACAAAGUGUAAUCAUCCAAUUUACGUAUACUUCAUUAUAAUCGUCGGUAAACUAAUUAGUAAUUUUAAGUAUGUAAGUCCAUAUAUUUUUUUUUUUAUUUUAAAUUAAAGUACUCACGAUGUUAGAAUGUACGAUAAUAUUUUUAUCGUUAAUUUGUUCCUGUCGAGUAGCCAACAAUCGUCUGACUUAUUUAAACUUUACAAUCUUUUUUAUCCUAACAUUCAAAAAAAAAAAAGCUUAAUAGGACUAAACAUACAAAAAAAGAACUAAAACUUGAAAAAAAUAUACAAAAACUACAGAAAAUCAUAAAUUUAUUUUCAAAAUCAGAAACAAAUGGUAAGCUGCAAUUUUAACAUCUAUCAAAGUAAAUUUUAUAUUUAUUAUUUAUAUUUAAAUUGAAUACAUUUAAUCAGGGUUGAAAUGUUUAAAACAUUUUAUUUUCAACUCUUAUUUGAAACAUGUUUCAAACAUUUAAAUUAAAUUGAGUUCUAAUUUUUUUAUAACAAUAAAAUAAAUUGUAAAUUGUAUUGCUUAAUAAAUCAAUUUAUAAAAUUUAGUACAUUGGAUAUAAAAUAAUCGUUUACAAUAUUUUUAUAUAUCAUGAAAAUUAUUCACAUUUUAGAAUUCAGGGGCUUCGAAUAACCUUUUUUUUUUUUUUGCUAAAAACAUGUUUCUAAUUCUAGCUUUACUCGUGCAAAAGAAACUAAGGUAGGUAACUCAUAAAUAAACGAAAAUAAUUUGAUUUUCGUAUCAAAAAUACCUAGAAAACCGAAUUUUAAGGUAAUGUUGAAUACAAAUAUUUGUAAUAUAAAAAAAUAUACUUUGUGAUUUGUACCUAUUUAAUCAUUUUGUUUUGUGUUAACAAUCCGCGCACUCCGACCCCCGUAACUCAUACUUUGUAAUGGCGCUACAUUUUUACUUAGCCCCGGGCAUCAAAUAUCCUAGAUCCGGCACUGACUCCCACAGUCUCUCGACAGUAUAAUAAUGAACUAUCGCAUGCGUUCACGGCUUUUUACCAACGAUUUUGUAUAACAGAUCGUAGAUUUUUUUUUAUAAAAUAAUAAUUAAAUCAUUCAUAUAGAGACGGGAUUCAAAACUUGUGCGAUUUAUUUUUAGCUCGAGAUGUCUUCAAGCUCUUCAAGAACCCUAACUGCCAUCAACAUGUCAACUUUCUUCCAUCGGCAUCAUCCGUCUUAAAUCCAAUACAUUCCAAUCAAUAAUUAUUCCCAUUUUCUCCGAGUUUUCUUAGUUCUUUCUAAUUACAUUCAACCGACGCUUUUGCACGGUCUCCUCAUUGGCCUUCUACCUGUUGGUAGUCUCCAUUCUAUACAUAUAUAGCUGUUCUGAUUCAGUCUUCCUUUCCCCUUUGUGCAUUUUAUUUACAUUUUCAUCGCAUUCUCUGCCUUUUGACAACUCGAGAGAGUUACCUACAUAAAUAAACCUUAACCUGGAUUAAUAUAACUUUGGGCUACAUAGUUUGUAUUUGUAUUUUCAUCCGUUUGUGCCACAAGUGGUUGUAACAAAACACGGGCAUUAUAUUACAUUCGUAUAUAUAUAUAGGUACGUAUACAAAAUACAAUCGAUCGUCAAAACUUUCGCGUUACCCCUUAAAACUUUCGCCGGAACUUCGGUAACGUUUGUAGUGAAUUGCAGCCUACGAUAUUAUUGAAAUAAUCAAAAUAAACAAUCGUAGGUAUAAACUUAUUGAAAAUUUACCAACGAUUUUUUUCUGUUUCGGAUGUUUGGUAAAACGUAUACUUAGUGCCUGUGCUAGGUUUUGCAAGGCCCUGGACAAUGCUAUAAUUUAGCAGCUAUAGUUUAACUAAUGAUUGUAUACCUACAGGCACGCAGGACAUAGCUAAGUGAAGGUCAGGUGUACCUGGCCCAUCCUAAAAUGUGUCCGGCCUCAGACCGGUCCACUCAAAAUAUUCAUUGGGGUCCAUUAUCAUAUAAUAUUGUGUUAAAUUUAUACCACCAAAUAUCAUCCUACUCAACUCUCGUAUAGUGAUAUAAACUGAUUAAUGAUAAGUGAUUAAUGCAUAUAGGCUAUAGUACCUAUUACUAUCAUACCAGCAGUAUAAUAUUGCGUUGUAUAUUAUAUUGUCCGGUAAAUGGCGUUAUCAUCAAAAAAUAAAUCUGUCAAUAAGAUACAAAAGUAAUAUUAAAUUAUAUAAUGUUAAGUAACCUUUUUUUCAACAUACAAAAUGUCGAGGGGGGCCUCCCAAAUAUUAGCUCACCUAGAGAAAAUAUUCUGGCUACGUGCCAGUAUACCUACACGAUAAUAUACCGCAGGGACCAUUAAAACCUAAAAACAAUUGCGGGGCUCUGCCAGGACUUAUUUCGCAUUUGUCCUCCCCUAGCGCCGGCACAGCAGUGUAUAACUCGCAACGUCGUUGUCCUAAUUUUGUUCGUAUCAUAAAUGGAUAAGCUGCCACUGUUUUUUUUUUUUUGUUUUUUGGCUUUUAUAAACGUUGGCGUUAAAAUGGCUUGUACGCGAAUUCUUAAAUAUUUGUUUAACCUCGUACAUUAUUAUGAAAUGCCGCGGGGCGGUUAAGACUCACAGAGUUUCGCCGUCGAAAUAUAAAACAAAGUAAACAUUUUCGAAAUAACCGUUUACUCGCAUACAUUAUUUUUCAAAGGUUCGAAAUUAAUAUUGUUCCCCGUGCACCGGAAAUUGUAAAGGUUUCGAGCGCCGAAAUAAAAGUGACGGGUAUUCGAACUCAGAGGCGUUAAGAUUAUAUUUUAACGGGAUUUUCUCAAUUUUUUCAUUCACCCGUGUUAUUAUUUUUAUAAGUAUUAUUAUACCUCCGGCGAAUCUAUAAAAAUAUAUUAAUACAUUGUACACGGGUUUUAUUUGGAGAGUUUUUUUUUAUUAUUAUUUUACAGAUUUAUAUAAUAUAACGUGUAUAACGUGUUUGUGUAUAGCGUGAAAUUUGUUGUUUCGAUGAGUUUUUCUUUUUUUUUUUUAUUAGCGCAGUUUGCCGACCAUCGUACAUAAUAAUAAUAAUAGAUAUAGACACUGCUAUAGAACGUUCUAGAAAGGAACGCGGUGCAUCCGAUUGUAUUAAUAUUAAAUAAUAUUUUUAAAACUCGGCGUCCUGUAACAGUUUUUUUAUAAUAAUAUUAAUACGUGUUAUAUGCAAUAUGUCGCGCGCGUUUUUUUAUCGUAAAAAAUGACCGUGUUCGCAUAAAAACUAAAAUAAAAAAAUCGAAACAACCGAAAAAUUUGUAAACAUUUUUCAAAUUCGAGCACGUUUAGAAAAGACUAAUAUAAGUAUUCUGUGCGAAUUGUGCGUUUCUAUGAUUAUUCUUAAACGAAUCACAACAACAUGCAGAAACCGCGUUAUCGCUGUAAAUUACUCUCGAUUAUUAUAAAAAUCCAUUAGAAAAACAAAAAAAUAAUCGACUUCUUCAAUGCGCCAACUAGAUGCGAAAGGCUUCGAAAAAGCUCUUGUUUUUCGAUCGGAACGAAAUUUCUCUUGUCUCUCAGAGUCUCUCAGAAACAGAAAAAAAAGUAGUCGCUUUGUCGCUGCGCUAAAAAUAUAAAAUAUAACGAGUACUCGGGUUAUAUUGCUAUUAUACAGGGAAUCCUUCAAAGAUACGUGUAAAGUAACAUUUUUCAGAAGUACUUGUGUUUCGUAAAUUGCAAAAACCCGAACAAAUUACGAAUAAAGUUAAUACUUUCCAAGGUUCAUCUUGAUUCCAAGAGCAUCGUAAUUAUUUUCUCGUCAGACACUCUGUGUAUAAAAAUAAUGUUAUGAAAUAUUUUCGGACAAUCUACUGCGGAUCGUGGUAUUACUGUUAUACAAAUAUUAUUGUUACGUAUUAAUGUUUAUAAUAUGUAAUCGUUAUUACUAAUUCGGUCUUUGGGUACUUUUGGUAUAAUAAUCUAAUAUAUGAUAGAAAAGUAUUCGUAACAAAAUAAUACAGUAUAAUUUACAGUACCUAAAACGAAUUUUUCAAAGUUUCACAUGUUUUGUUUCUAUUGACAGCGAUUGUGUCGACUCCUAGUAAUGUAGCAAACACAAUAAUGAUAUUUUGAAAAUUCUUAUAAAAUUUGCUUUUUAAUAUUAUUUCGUUAUUGUAAAUUAAACUAAAAAAAAAAAAAAAGCUAUAGUGAAAAGUUUAGUUUAGUUUUUUGAUAAAUAACUAGGUAUAUCAAACUCAAUUUUAAAGAGCUAGGAAAACAGAUUGUCAACUUAAUAAGUGAGUUCUAAAUUUUGCACGACUCUUAAAUGCCACGAUUAAUUUAAAUUUAUGGAAAAAAUAAACAAAUUUAGAAUUUAACUACAUAAUUUUUGGUUUUUUUUUUUAAGAAUUAGUGAUUGUCUCAACAAUUACAGCGAAUCCAAUAAAUCUGAGACCGGGUUCGGAAUCAGCAGCGAAAUUCCAUAUACAAUUCACUAUUGAUUUGCUGACCACACAACUUUGUUGUCCAGUGUAAACAAUAGCGGAUUUUCAACAUUUUUCAGGGAGGGGUACUAAAAAAUAAUAUGCAUUUAAAAGGUAUCUCUCUAUUAAUAGAUACCUCUAUUUUGGAUGACAUUUUAUUGAAAUUAUAUCAGUGUCUGGGGGGUCUACACCCCCUGGGUCGCAUGCACAACCGAUAUUUCUUUUAUCGGUUUCUAAAUAUUCGUCGGGUCUACAGAGAAAUAUCUGCAAUGAAAAAAAAAUGAACCAAUAUGAUUUCACUGUCAUUAAAUAAAAAAUAGCGAUAGUGUUUUAUCAAGUUUUUCUUUUUUAUAUUUUAUAUGUUCAGUUUUCACGUGCACUUUAUCGUGUAUAAGAAUGCAUUUUUCACAUGUAUCUAUAAUUGUUUGUAUUAUUGUAGGUGAACAUCUAGGCACGUUCGAUCGGAAAUAUUAUAACCGUUUGAAACUUACUAUUUUUUCCUCCCCCUCUCAGUAAAAAUCAAUACUUUUAAAAUAUUAUGUUUAUAAACGGAGAAACGGAAAGCCGCCCGUUCGAAACAAAUUCCUCAUAAAUUAUUAUUGUGUAUUAUAUGUAUUGUAAUAUGCAUAGGCCGUAGGCGUAACUAGACUUUGGCGAUGCUAAAAUUAUGGAUACAUCAAAGAUUAUUGGACUAUGUCCCCACAAUCCCUGUAUACAAUAUGCAACCACAAAUUUAACGUACAAUUUUAUACACACGAAUAUUUCAUACACGUACAUUAUUGUCUGUAGAUAAUCAGUAUUUUGUUUUGGUCAUUAAUAAAUUAUGAAAUACGUGGAUAAAAUAUUUAGUUGCUACUAUUGAAAGCUUAUUUUUUUUUUCUUGUGGGAGGUGCUUGUUUUAAACUUCAGGGCACUAAAAACCCCCUAGCACCCACCUCUAGUUGCGCCUAUGAAUUUACAUAUUUAUAAAAUAAAAAACGUUAUCUGAAUAAUGAUCGGACGCGCUUCGUGCUCAGAGUUCAGUCUGUUUCACGACAAAACGGCCGCGUCUUAGUAGGUACGCUUAGCAAUAUUUUGACCUGUACUCGAGCCGAAUUCGUGAUGUUUUCCAGACCCCGGAUAGUCACGUAAGACACGUCAGCAGUGUUCAGCACCUGAACCUCUACAUGUCUGACGAUGCGCAGUACGGUUCCCAGGUACGGCAAUAAUAAUAAUACAAAUUGAUGUUUUUUUUUUUUUUUUUUGUUUGUUUGGUUUGGUGUUUAAUAUUAUUAUUUUUUAAUUAUUAUUAUUUUUUUUAUACAUAUAUAUACAUAAUCAUUAGACUACGGAUUCGAUGACAGUCCGGGGCCGGAUAUCCGGCCUAUAGUACUCCCCUGCGGGGAUUUCGAAAAUACUGUUUGUGUUUGUAGAAACCGCGUGCGAAAACAAUUGAAAAUAAUUUGAUUUUUUCGUCUGGAACAAGCGGAUUUAGAAAAUAACGGAGGAAAUUUUGAAUAUUUUAUAAGAUAGAAAUUAAACAUAAAUAAAAACAAUAGGUAUGUCACAAAGUAUUUAUAUUAUUUUAUUUCAUGAUACACAUUUCCCAAUCUACCAAUGAUUCACUGAAUACCUGUGCAAUACUGCAAGUGUAUUAUUUCCAAAGUUUAAAAAGCUGUAACUCUGUCAAUUUUUGGUUUAGGACCGUGGUCAAUGGAUCAAAAUUAAUUUGGAAAAAAAAUGAUCCAUAUACGUGUGGUAACGAAAUAAGGGUUGCUAUUCAAAAAAAUUAAUUUUAAUUGCACGUGUGCGCACUGAAAGGGUUAAAAACUGAAAGCUAUCUCAAAGUGUAUGUUUCGGUACCUACUCCAUACACCACCCGAAAACCCCGAUUCAAUCUAAUGUCGCCGAACUGAGAUAUUGGUACAUAAAGGACGGGUAUAUAAAAAUUCCACAAAUAGAUGGAAUAUUAGUUGAAAUAAAUUUUAGUUUUAAAAUUUUUGAUUUUCGUCGAUCCGUUGACGAGAUGUUCCUCUUUUAAGUUUUGGUUGGAGGACAGUAGUGAUGAAUUAUUUUUAACACGCCACGCACCAUAUAGUCAUAUACACAAAUGAUACUCCACUAAUAUUUCAUCUAUUUAUGGAAUUUUUAAUAUAGGUUGCCAUUUAAAAAUCAAAAGUAGGUAAUGGUUUUACCACCGAAAAUAAGGGUGACGAAAAAUUGACAUAAUUAUAAAAUUGUAGAGCCAGCUUGUUUUAUAAAUAUUCUAGAAAAAAAAUUACGAAAAAAGUUAAUAGCUUUCGAGAUAACGAGUGGUACCCACUUAAAUGGAACACGUUAUAUUUUUCACUGUUUUUCCUACAAUAGGAAUACUAGUCUAAGAACGAUUAUUGUUAAUUAGGUAAGUACGCUCGAUAUACACGCACUCGGCUCUUGAAAUGUUCGUUUUUUUUUUUUUUUCUAAUCAGGUAGGUACGCCAGUCGCCUCCCCGCGAGUGAAGUGUUGUUUGAUUUUAUUAUUGUUAUUAUGCCUAUUAUAAUAAUACGCGUCUGCAUGGCUACAUUAUAAAUACAUAUAUUUAUAUACGUGUAUUUACAAAACCUCAUAUAAUAGUAUAAUAGUAUACUUAAACCCGGAAUUAUUGUACCUGUUUUCCAGUCGGCCGACGGUACCAUACGACAUGUGGACAGCGUUCAGCACCAGAACCUCUAUGCGUCAAACGUUCCACAACUGCCGCAAGUACAAUUAAUGUCCUACGGUCAGUUUCAACCGCCGCCGCCGCCGCCGCAUCAACAAACAGCGACGCUACCCCCACCAUUGACAAUACAGCCAAGCGGUAUCAUAAAUCCGACCGGGAGUUUCUACAACAGCGGUUAUCCUCCGAACGACCCACGCCACAAACUAUUGAACAGGUUGGUCACACUGAUCGUAUUGUGUACAUGGGACGCACGCACGUACGCGUUUUCGGUGUCGGUCAUAAACUCGUAUUAUAUUUGUACUUGAUACACCUCAGUACACUUAUUUGCGCGUCCCGCUUUUGUUGCGUUACGGUCGGUCCGGUUCAAUUUUUUUUGUUUUCCGCCAACAGAGAAAACUCCGCGAACGAUGUAAUCGAUUGCGGCGUAUUAAAUCAAAUGUCUCAUGGACAACAACAGCAAUAUGUGUCGCCCGGAAAAAGGAGCUGCGGCUCCGACGAUAACCGCGGCGGUCCUAGUCGGUACGGACAACAAAUGGACGUGGACCGCACGAACACCUUGCAGCUACCGACGGGCGACAGUCAAGAACAGAGGGAAAAACUACAAGCCGCCGCCGCUGUCCAGCAGCAUUUCGAGGAAAGUUUAAAACUAGCUCAGCAGCCAAAGGUAUACGUGUUUGUUUUUUUAUUUGAAACUGAGAAAUAGAUAUAUUAAGUAGGUGCCUGUGCAUAACUUUUCCAAAAAAACGCAACGUCCCGCCCUCCGGAAUAUUGAUCUUUAUUAAUUUCACAAUGGGUACUUUUACUCUAAAACUAAAACUCGGCGAGUUCACUGUAGUCUAAAUAAGCAUGUUUUAACUAUAUUGUGCGUUCGUAAGACGGAAAUGACAAAUGCAUGUGCAUCGUCCUUUUUAUUUUUUUUUUUUAUAAUUUAAUUCACUUAAAAGUUAACUAAUGUCUUGGUAUGUUUUUUGAGUUUUGAUUUAGUAGUCUUAUAGUGUAAUCAUUCAGAAAUUUGAAUUGUCAACUAUAGUUUUUUAUACUAAUAUUUCAGAUGUCUUAUUUAGUCACACAUGGUAAAUAUUUACCCUGUGGUAAUUAUUUAUUAUGUUAUGCUAUAAUUUGAACUUCAUUUUUUUACAUUUUUUUUCUCGUUUGUUUUAAGAACUGAGUAGUGUGAUUGAAUUUAAUUUUAUUCUAUUUUUUUUUUUUUUUUAAAAUAAUAUAAUUGUCUUCUAAUUAAAGCCAACAUCUGUGUAUAAUAAUCGCUUUCAGUAACAAUUACAUUGUAUUGUCUGUGUUAUAUUUUAUUAUUAUUAUUAUUUUUUGUUACUUUUGUAUUUUUACAUAUUAUGUACUUAUGGUGACAGAGUGCUUUAAAAAUAUGUAUAAGAAUAUAUAAUAUGUAUUAUAUAUUAUUUUCAUUAUAAUUACCAGUAUGGAAUCAUCAUUUUUUUGUCAGAUAAACUACCCAAUAAUUCAUCAUCAUAUUGCUCAUCAAGCAAAUUUUCAAUAAGUAUGUCAUUUUUUGAAGUUCCUCCAUAUUGAAAAAAAUAAUAUAACACAAUAUGCUCACAUUACACAAUAAAAAAAUUAACCUGAUCGGGUAAAUAAUUUGCAGAUAUUGAUUUUUGCAACUUUAAUAGGCUCUUGACAAUACCAAACAUACAAAAAUAACAUAAAACCGGGUACAGUCUAUUAGUAGGUGUUUUAUUCAAAGUUGUUGAAGCUGAUAAACAUCCACAUCUCUCAUUUUAUUUUGUAUGCACAAUAUAAAUAUGUUUAGAGUAAUCAUUUACUCUAUGUGACUAAAUACAGGUUAAACACAGAGAUUACAUCACUGUACAAGUAGAAUGGGGAAUUUACUAAUUUUGCAGCAAUGGUGAUUUAUUUUGAUUUUUGUUAAAGAACAUUAUGUAUACAUUUUGCAAGUUUUAAUAACUGUCCAAUGUAAUAACAUUAGUUAUUAUUAUUUUAGUAUUAAAUUUUUUUUUUAUUAGGUUAUUACUCUUUUGAAUAUCUCUUUCACAAAAUUUUGUGUAUCACAUUUUUUUGUCUCAUUAAUUAAUCUUAAGUGACAAUAUAAUAAAUAUUACCUAAUGAUUUUAGCCUAGACAUCAGAUACUUUUUUUUUCAUAUUUCUAUUUUAACCUAUUUAUUCACAGUUUAGCAGCUGUAAAUCGGUUAGACUCCAUAUUGUAUUUUUAUUUCUGUUUUAACACAUUUUUCUUAAAUAAAAACAAAUGUUUAAGUAUUAGGCUUUUAAACAAAUUAAAUAAAAUAAUAGAUAAUGGAUAAUGUUAAUAAAAAUAAUUUUUGCUCGGGUAUAUUUUAUGAUAACAUUAAAAUUAAAUAAGAGUAGGUAAAUGAUAACAAUGAUAACAUGCAAAUAAGCAUCAUUAUGUUUUUCACAUAUUGAAUAAAGUCGCUUUCAGGUAUUAACUGUGAUACCUACUUUCUUUUAUUAUUAUAUAUUUUUUUUUUUUCAUUUAUUUUGUAUAGCAUCUCAUACUUUAAUGAAUUGUAUAUAAAAUCAUGCAGGUACAACUCCUCGACUACUCUUAAACCUAUACAAUUAGUUUGUAAAACAAUUAUUUUAUCCAAGACAUUUUAUUGUGUUUUAAUAUUUAAAUUAUAUUUAAUAGGGAACACAUUGGACAUCUAACUUGCAUACUCUUCCAACAAAUCAAGAAACAAAAGUUCCGCCAGAUUUGUCCAACAAAAGAUCUCUUCCUCUUCACACGAUUGAGAAUCAAAAAAUAAAAUUAUCGAAAAUGACACCACCAACCGGACCAUCUUCUGAUGUAAAUAUAUUAUUUAUAAAUAUAUGCAAAAGUAAUAAUAAUAAUUGCAAGUUUAAGAUUUGUUCUUUAAAAGAGUUUUCUUCUAAAAUAAUGUAUUUUGCUGUUGAUUUCCAUGAAUAUUUUAUGUAUAGAACACUCUAGGUUUUUGAAAAGAUUUAAUAAUUAGUUUUUUUUGUGUUUGUUUUGAAAAUAACUUACAAUAAUCAAUAAUUAAUAACUAAAUAAAUAUUCAUAGAAGUAAUAUUGUAUGAUUUUAAUCUCAAAAAAGUUCUCAAUUCACAUGUAUGUAUAUAUUUUUUUAUGUUUUAGCAUCAAGCAUAUGGUUCAAAUCAAACUGGUGGAGACUUGAGUUAUUCUCUUGAAAACUUGGAUGUGGUAUGCAAGAAUGAUGAAUAUAAUAGACAAUCAGUGUCAGGCUUAUUUGCUGAAAAUCCUGAAAAUAUACAUACAGAUGAUGGUAAGGACGAUUGUCUACAAUCUAAAAAAUGCCCUAAGAUAUUGUUAAAUACUUACAUUUGUCAUUCAUUGUUUUUUAAUAAUACAGAACUUGAAGACACACCUCCUCAAGCUCAUUCAUCCAAUACAAUGUCAACUAGUACAUCGCGGACAUUUCAACCUGCUGAUGUCAAACCAAGUAAUUUACAAACGGAACCCUUAGAUUUAGCUGUGGUAUGCAGUACAGAAUCAUAUACACCCCAUGGACAUGCAAAUUUAAAAUUUUAUUCUAGAAUCAAUUUUCCCAAAAUGAAUCAAUUUAACAAUUUAAAUACAUCUGCUAAAGUUUUGAUACCACCAAACAUACUAUCAAUUAAAUUAAUUGCAGAUCAAACAACCUACUCUUCUAGUACUUCGGCUGAUUUAGUGGAUAUUCCACCUAUAGUUUUGGAACCUAUUCAAUCUACUGCCAAUUUACCUACUGUUUUAACUUCCAAUGUUGCAAAUAUUGCAACUGUUAUUUCACAAUCUGUCACUACCACAGCUACUUUAUCAGACAAACAGACUGUUAAUUUUUUUGAAAUUACAUCUACAGCUGUUCCAACUUAUAAUACUCCAGCUACUCCUCCUCCAGUACUUACGCCCGCUGAUUACCCGGAAAUAAUUAGACAUAGUCAUCAUAAAUUGAAGAAAACUUGGCUACAGAGACACACAUUGAGUGAAGACCAGAAAGAAUCAAGUAUUUAUAUGGGUCCUAGUACAUCUACUGCUUCGGUUUCACAAAUAGAUGAUAUACCUCCUGUAUUACAAUGUGAAAAAAUUGGUAAUAAAAGAGACAAAUCAAACAAUGUUUCAAACUCACAAAGUAGCAGUUCAGCCAGAGAAACAAUGCCUGAAAAUAAUGAACCCAUACCAUCCAAAAAAAGAAGGGUUCCUGACUCAACAAGUAGAAUCAUAACAAGAAUUGAUAGUGAUACUGGUACUACAGCUUCUGAAGCUAAUGAUAUUGCUACUACUGCUAAUAAUAUUAUUACCGCUGUUGAUAGAAAAAACCGUGUAACCAAAAAUAAAAAAAGUAAUAAUCCUAAUAAACACUCUAUUAUGGUAAAAAUACCAUUAGGAUCACAAAUUACUGAUGGCGAAGAGGUUUUUUUUCAAUCAGACCCAUGUUUAAACCCUUCGUUGAAGGACGUAGAAAAUAAAUGUCGUGAAUGUCUUCUAAAAAUUGAAGAAGAAGAAGAAGAACUAAUAAGUGAUGAAGAAAAAGUCUUUACGUCCCAAUCUGAAAUUGAUAAAAUAUAUUGUCGGUUCUAUCAGUUUCGUCUAGUAUUUAAAAAUAAUGAUGGACAAUUAAUAGAUGCCGGAUUUCCUGAUCCUUAUAAGGAUAUAAAAGUGGUAAGAUAGCAAAAUAAAUAAUUUUAGAUUCAAAUGAAAAGUAUUUUAAUUGUUUUGUUCAAUAAUUAGGAUGAUUUAAAUCUGUGGAUGCCCAAUUCAAGUUGUCCUCCACAGAUGAACAUUAAAGUAGCAAAAAGAGUGUUGCAAGAAGCAGGUCAGCAAUUUUGCAACUUGGUGAAAGAAGAAAAGAAAACAUUAACCUUAUCGCACAUUAACAACGGUAAUAAAAUUCAUAUAAAUUAAACUAACCAAAAUAUAAAUAUAUGAAUUUGUUUUUCAUUUUUAUCAGGGUUGCAUGUUAUAUACAAACAUGUUUUAAAUUGCAUUUAAAUGUCAAAUUUGUUUAAAACAAUAUUUAAAACUUUUUUUCUGUCAAAUUUGUUUAAAACAAUAUUUAAAACUUUUUUUCUGUCAAAAAAUUGUGUGUAAUUUUACCUGAGUAUAUAAAUAUCAAGUAUACUUAAAUAAAUAAAUGAACAAAUAUUAAUAGUUAAAUUAAAAAUUUGAUUGUAUCUUAUAAUAAUAAUAAAUAUCUAAAAAAUUUUUACAAUGUUAUAUCUAUAUAAGAAUUUGAUGUAAUAUUUUUGUUUUUUUUAUUCUUCGUUUAAGUGUUAAACUGUUUAAGUGUUAAACUGUUUAAGUGUAAAUAAUAAAAAUGAAUGAUCAUUAUUUAUAAUUGUGUAUCUAUUACUAUAUACUAUUCUAUAAAAAAAAUCCUACUUUUCAUAUUCUUUGGACUAAUAAAAGGUGGGAAAUUAGAUAUACUCCCUAAUGAGCAUACCGGUUAAAUUUUUAAAAUAUGUAUACCUUAAUGAUACAUUUUUUAACACAUUGGCGGACACUUGUAAUAUAAUGUUUACUAAUAUAUUAGUAGUGCUAUAACUACAUCCAAAAUCUAUGUAAAUUGUCAGUGUGGACUGCUGUAAUAUGGCACUGUCUUCUAUGAUUUAUCCAUUAAAAAGAUUACUGCUUCAGCAGUAUUGACGUAAUAUGAAAUUUUACAUAUUACUGCUAUAGCAGUAAUGUUUGACGUGUUAAGUUUCUUAGGAAGUCAAUUUCCACAUUUAAGUUUCUGAGACCUUCAAAACUAUUAUUUUUGAAAAUAUUAAAUUACAUUUUUAUUUAUUUGAGGUAUAUUAAUUUUUUAAAUUGAAAAUUGACUUUUUAUGAAAACUUAACAAUUUGUCAACAAAUCUAUAAAUACUUUAAAAAUUUUAAUUUUAAUUUUAUUUCUCGCUGCUUCCCACAACAUGUUAGUUAUAUGUAAAAAUGGAUAAACAUUUACUCCUCAAUGGGUAUCCAACAUACAAAAAUAUCUGUCAAAAAAUGAUAGAAACUUCCAAUCCUCUUAUUAACUUUCACUCUUUUUUCAAUUAAUAUUUUUGAAAAAUGUGGAAUGAGACUGCCUUAAAUAAGAAUAAAAAAACGUUGAGUACCUACUAGUCUUUAUGUUAUAUUAUCAUAGAAUAAAUUAAAUAAUUAAAACCUUACCUGACUACAUGAUUGUGGUGAUAUAUUCUUAUGUUCUUUCAUUCUCUUUACUAAUCUCAAUAUACUUAUGAUUUUGUAAACUCAUCAACUAUUUACUAAUUAAAUCAAUGUUCAUAGUACUAAUGAACAAAAACUAUUUUAAAUAGUUUAAAAGGUUAAAAAGGUAAAAAGGUUAAAAGGUAAAAAAAACAGGUGUUUAAAACAAAAGUAAAAUAGAUUUGUUUUAAUACAACAAUGAUUUUUACAGAUUACCCAAUUGUUUGGAAGAAAGCAAUCAAUGGUGUGCGGUUAAUGUGUGAUGUUUGUGUGACCACCAUUUUCAACUACCAUUUUGCUUGCCAAAAAUGUGGAUUUGAUGUUUGCACAGACUGCGCUAAAGUAAGUUUAUUUUUAAAUACUUUUAAUUAUAAAUCCAGAUGUUAAAAAUGAUUACCAAUCCUAAUUUUUAUUGUAAUUAAACUAUUUUUUUCUAAUAUUUUUAUUUAAAUUCAACACAUUAUUAUAAAAUUAUAUGAUACAUUUUUUAAAUCAUCUUCUUUUUCAUUCUUUCAAUUAUUUUCUGUAUUUAAUGCACAAUGAAUCUUACUUAUUCAAAGCAACAGUUUUAAUAUUAUUCAAUUUUAAAUGAAAGUAAAUGGUUGCCUUAAAGAUACUCAUAUACAUUCCAUCUAGUUCUUUGUCUUACCUGUACUUAAAAUUGUUCAAGUAAAAUAAAACUAUCAAAUCUGCAAACACAAUACAGGCAAAUUUGUUGUUUAGUUAUCAAAUUAUUCAAAAUAUUAAUUACUAUAGUAUAUAUAUAUAUGAGGACUAAUCAAAAAGUAUUGAGACUGAUAAUAUUACUCAGCAUUGAAGAGAAAAAUGAUUUGUAACCCUGGCUUCUAUGACUUCUACUGAACACAUUCUUGUAGAAUCUCUACAAGUUUUCUUUAUUUUGAUUUGAUAUUUUUUUAAACUUUUUUUUUACAUUUGGCAAUUUUGUAAUGAAUCCAAAAGAAACAAAACUUGCUGCCACUUAAUGGCGCAUCUGCAGUUUUUUUCAAUUGAAAUUUAUCAACAUAAACCAUGAAAUAUUGAAUCUCUCUGAAAAAUAUUCACAAACUUCUUUAGUGUAUGAAUAUUUAUUGUUAAUAUUUUAUAUAUUAUUGAAUAUUAUUAUUAAUAAAACUGUUGUCAUAGUUUUUUUUUUAAUAUAAUUAAAAAUCGUAAAAGAAUAAUAUGCAUGUGUUAAUUUAGCGAGAAAAAUAUAUAUUUAUUUAAAAAUGUAAUACUUUUUAUACUCACUGUAUAUAUUAUUCAUUUGCCUACCAUAUGUAGUAAAUUAUUACAGCUCACUUAUUUCGUUAUUAUAAAUUAUAAUAAUUUAAUCCAUUUGUCUUACAGGAUCGCCUUGACAAUAAAUUGAAAUUCCCUAACCGAGUACUGGUCACCAAUAAUCACACAUUACCGUUACACCAAAAAGAUGCAUAUAAAUGGAUGAUAUGCUCCGACAAUAAACCCCAUGAAAUAACUGAACUAAUGUUUACACAGAUGUUGGCUGGAGAUUCUUUGAACAUCAUAUUCAACAAUUUGCACACAGUGUGUACCAAGUGGAAAAUCUUACUAGAAUGUGGUUGUCCAGGAUUCCCUAUUCCAGAGGUAAAAGUUAUAAUACAGAGUAGCUAAAAAUUAAGAAAACUAAAAAAUUAAAACUUAAAAACUUAAAAACUUUUUUCCUAGUUCAAUUAUAAAAUAAAAUGCUUCAGAAUCUAAAAAACAAAUUAUUUGAAUAUUAUUGAAACAUUUAAAAGAUAUUAUAUUUGUAAUAAGGAUGAAAUUAACUCUGAGUAAAAAGUUGUUUUUUUUAGAUGUUUGUAUUCAAUAUAUUUACAGUACUCAUACAAAAAAAGAAAAUUAAUUGUUUAAAUAUUUUAUUAUAUUCAAUAAUUCUCAAUUCUGCAGGUUAUUUUGGACAAAUCAAUUUUAAGAGUUCCAUCAAAUUUUAAAUAACACAUAUUUGUUUUUAACUUCAGUUACUUUUUGAUAGUACACAUUUUGUAAUAAGCAUAACAUUAACCUCACACUGAACUUUGAAAUCAACCAUAAAUUAUUGUAACAUUAUUUUUUAUUUUAUAAUACCUAUAUUCAUUAUUUAUUUUUCUUAUUUAAGUUUGAACAUUUAUUUAAAUCCUUUAUAGUGGUUGUUAAUAGUAUAUUACUAUAGUCCUACUAUUUCUAAAAACACUGACAUACUUGGUUAUUGUUGUAGGUGAGAAGUUAGGAAGGUAGAAUAUAGAGGAAAAUUGUAUUUAUAUCUGUAUGCAAUGAUAAACCAUCACUAAGAAAAAUAAGUAAAUUUUCUCAUUUUUUCUUGCGUUUUCCAAAUUAUUAUGAAAAGUCCUAAUUGCAGUUCACAUUUUAGGGUAUUAUUUUAAUGCAAGUAUACAUCAAUAAUUAAGAUCAAUUUAUUAAAAAAUGAUCCGAUUUAGGUGUCUCCCCUAUAAAGAAAUAUACUUUAUUCACUACAACUAAAACCACAGCUCGCCAGUGCAUUUCCUACCAUGCGGUUAUCGAUAUCUGAAUGCCAUUGUGCAACCAUCAGCAAAGUACAAUGUGCUGAAAUAGUGGUGGGAAUGCACAUUAAUGAAGGAGUUUUACAGCAGAUGGGAGUAUAGUUAUCUCUCCUUUCUUUUAGUUUAUCACAAAUAAACAAUAAACAUUUUUAUUUUUGAAAGAUUAUUUUUAGUAUGGGUUUUUUAAAAAAAUCAUGUUUUUUAAAAUUUUUCAUUUUUCAUUUAUGACUAUUUACUAUAAGUUAAUUAUUUAUUGGUUGUUGAAGUUAUUUUUAUUUAAUUAAGUAUGAAACCAAUUCCGAUGACAGUAAUAACAAUCCUGUUAAAAAAUCAAAAAUGGACUCCAGUACUCAAAACUCAAAUACUGCUGCUGCUUCCCCUGAACUACAGAUAGCUGGGGUAAUAACAUGACAAACAAAUAUUUUAAAAUUGAUAGUUGUUAAACAUAAUGACUAUAUCUAUUAUUAAUUAAUCAAUUUUCAUUUUUAUUUGACAGUGUUCGAGGGCGAGUAGAAGGAUAAGCAUUCGGAGUUUUUCUCAGAGGUCCUCCAACAAUGAAGAACUAAAACAUUUCAUCAGAACAAAAAAUAGACAAAUUAUUCCAAAUAAUCAGUUACCUCAGCGAACAAUGACAUUAGAGGAAAGCAAACAGAUUUACCCAAACAAUCCUCACACUUGGCUAUGUGAUGGGAGAUUGUUAAGAUUGUUAGAUCCCUAUGAUUCAACCAACUAUUCAAUGUUUCGGGUAUGUAUAAUAAUAAUAAGUCAUUUUAUUAUAAAUGACAUAUUUAAUAAGUUAAACCUAAAAAUUUACAGGAACAAUGGUUAAGAGGUCAACCAGUUUUGGUCAGCGGCGUGAAUAAAAAAUUGAAAAAACGUUUGUGGACACCAAAAUCAUUUAUUCGUGACUUUGGUGAAUUAGAAAAUGACUUGGUUGACUGUAUCACAGGGCAGAUUGUUGAAAAUGAAAAAAUGAAGGUAUUCUGGGAAGGCUUUGUGGAUGAAAAGAAGCGUAUGAAGGAUUCUUCUGGCAAAACUAUGCUCUUGAAACUCAAAGAUUGGCCGGGAGCUGCUGACUUUUCCGAAACGAUGCCCAAGAGGUGAGUAAGAAAAAAUUAUAAUUUUGAUGAUUUAAUAUUAUGAAUUUUUUGAAUAGAUUUAAAAAUUUAAUGGCUGCACUACCAUUGAAAGAUUAUACACACCGAGAGGGAAAACUCAACCUGGCAAACAGAUUACCUGAUAAUUUUUUAAAACCAGACCUUGGUCCUAAAAUGUACUCUGCAUAUGGUGAUGCUGCUGCAAGCCGUCAUCCAAAAACACGACUUCUGGGAACAACAAACUUACAUUUGGAUGUUUCUGAUGCUGUAAAUGUGAUGGCGUUCGUUUCAAUAUCCAAAUCAGAAUCCGAAAACAACCGUCUUGUAGAAGGUGAGUUUAAUACUACUAAUGGAUCUGCUACUGAUAUAGGUGUGAAGAUAGUAUACAUAAAGUUGUUUUUAUUAUGUCUUUUGUAUGCGCCAAUAAUAUUAUUUUUUUUAAUUUUUUUUAUUUAAAACCCCCAGAAAAAUCUACAUUAUAUUCAACUUUUAAUUACUAACAAUUUAAUCUACAUAAAACCAAUCAAAAUGCCACUACACUCAUAUAAUUGCACAUUAUUUAGUUUUUAAAUUUAUCUAAAAAGAAAACAUAAUUUUAACGUUUUUUACUUAGUAGUAUGUACAAAAGAUACAAAAGAGGACUCACUUAUUAACCCAGGAUUAUCUUGACCUUUAAUAAUUUCUUCAUAUUCAUCUUCUAUCCACUAAUAUUCAACAUCUUUAUGUAUUUUUCUUUACAAUAUAGGAAGCUUAACAGUAAUAAACAUUUUUGUUGCUAUGACUGAAUAUUUAAAGCAUUAUAAUAUUAAAAUAGACUAAAUUCAAACUGUAAUUGUGAACUUACCAAAUCCUAAAAUAUUACACUGUACUGUAUAAAUUGAAAAAUAAUUCAUGAAAUGUUUGUAUAAAAUUUAAAAUAAUGGAUUUUUUACUCACUUUGUUUUCUCUCUAUUGUGUGGAUAUCAUUCUUGGUCCUCAGUUAAUAAAGCAAUCAUCUGGUCAUAAAAUUCAAUUCUAGAUGUGGCCCACCUGAUUUAGCACCAAUUUUCAGACAAGAAUAUGUCAAAAUAACCUAAACAUUAAUACAAUCUAGUAUUGAAUAUGAUACAAUGUUUUUCAAUAAUAAUUUAACUUACAGAAGCAUAUAAAAUUAUCGAUCAGUCUGGUUGCGAUAGGGAGAGCAAAAGACGGGCCCGCAUGCAUAAUGAAUACCCAGGCGCAGUGUGGCACAUUUAUCAUGCUAAUGACUCAGAUGCAAUACGCGAUCUUUUGAAUAAGGUAAGCGAUGAGCGUGGCAGAAAGCUUCAGGCAAAUCAUGACCCAAUACAUGACCAAUCCUCAUAUUUGGAUGAGAAACUCCGAACCAGGCUCUACCAUGAAUAUGGGAUCCGAGGUUAUGCAGUGCUCCAGUGUUUGGGUGAUGCCAUACUAAUUCCGGCUGGAGCGCCUCAUCAGGUACAUUUAUCUUACUUAUAUUUUAUUUACUGAGCCUAAAAUAAGUCAUAAAUAGAUAGAUGGGGUAUUGUUGAAAUACAUUUUUGAUUUCUAUCAAUCUAUUGAUGAGAUAUUUCACUUUUAAGUUUGGGUUGGAGGAGAGUAGUGGUGAAUUAUUAACACGCACCUUACCACUAUACAAAUGAUACUCCGCUACUCUUCUCCACACAAACUUGAAAGUGGAAUAUCUUAUGAUGGAAAUCAAAAAUGUCAAUACUAAAAUUUAUUUGAACUGAUACUCCAACUAUUUAAGAUAUUUUGAAUAUGGGUUGCCAUUUAAAAAUCAAAAGAAGACAGUGGUUCCACCUCUCAAAAAUAAAAGUGACAAAAAAAUAACAUAUAAAUAUAAAAUUAUAGAAGAGCUGCUUGUUUCUUAAAUGUACAAGGAAACAAAUUCCAAAAAAAUUUAACACUGCAAGAUAAUGAGUACACCUACUUAAAUGAAUCACCUGCUAUAGUUCAAUGACUACUAUAUAUCUGAAUUUAAUUUUAUUAUUGACUGAUUUCUUUUAUUCAUUAUCACUAUACAUUUGUUAUCACAAGACCUUUCUUCGUUGCAAAGCAAAUUUCAAUAGUCAAUCUCCAAUAACCCAUAUCAAAUUAAACAAAUAUUAAAGUGAAUAUCAAGAAAAAAAAAACAAGUACACCCUUCUUGUUAAACAUCAAAUAAGAAAUCAUAAAUUUAUUAAUAAAUAUAAAUUAUAACUUUUUACCAUAUUAAAUAGGUAGUUAAUUAAGUAGGUAUAUGAUAUUAAUUUAAAUAUAAAUAUUGUUAAUUUUAUUUAUUUAUGUGCAUAUAAACAAAACAAAAGAGCUGAUACUGGUGACAGGUGUUGCUACUGUUGUGGGUGAGAAGGUGGGAUACUAUUUUUUUUAACUGUUAUUUUAAUAACUGGUACCUACCAAAUAAAAAUACAUAUAAAAACACAAAAAUAAUAAAUAGCCUAAAAACAGUUUUGUACACAGGUUUACAAUUUUUAACCGAAUAAAAACGAAAAACCCAAAUGCUGUAUUGCCAAUUUUCUAAGUUUUUCCUGGUUUAAAAUUAUUAGAAAAACUAUACAGAAAAGCAAAUAACAACUUUCUUACUCGGACAUGAGACAACAUUAUUUUUUUAGAAAAUAUGCUAUUCUUGAUAUUUGAACAUAGGUUUCUUUUAGAAGAAUAUAAUCUUAACAAUUUUAAACAAUGAAAUUGUUAUGCAAUAAUUUGAAAAAAAUUUUAUUUGCCAUUUUCUGGUUUUUCCCAAUUAUUUUGAAAACUCCUUGGUGUAUCAAAAAAUUACAUGGCCAAUGCAAUGAUUAAAUAAAAUUUCCUUUCAGUAAAGGUGCUACACAUACAUAUAUAUUGGAGCAAGACUUCUGGUUAAAAGUUGCUUACAAGUACAAAAAAAAAAUAAUAAUAAUGAAAACACAUGUAGUAAAACCAAUAAAUCUAAAUCUAAAACAUCAUUAGGAUGUGAUGGGUUGUUAAAAGUAAACAAAUUUCCAAAUUUAUAUUGUGUGUGUUUAUUUUGGCCGUGAGUUUUACAAUUUUUGUCCACAGGUAAGAAACCUGCACAAUUGUAUCAAGGUGGCCCAGGACUUUGUCUCGCCUGAAAACUUAGCCCAGUGCUUCCAGCUUACAAAUGAAUUCCGGGAUCUGUCCAGCAGCCACAGCAACCAUGAAGAUAAGUUACAGAUCAAGAAUAUCAUGUACCAUGCAGUAAAGGACUCGCUGUCUGUGCUAAUGCAUGAGGAGCCCCCACCUGAACGAAAACCAAGAGGCCGACCUCGCCUAAUAAAGAAAGAAAAAGAAAAUUCAUAG